GAAGCGUCCGCGGCCGCCGCCGUCCCUUGGGCCCGGGGGAUCGGGGCCGGUGCUGCCCUGCCCGGAGCUCCGGGAAUCCGGCCGUGCCCAGGGACCGGGAGCAGCAGGGAAGGGAAAGGGGUGAGGAGAGCGGGGCGGCUCCCCCGUGCUCCCGCUGGGUCCCUGGAUGUGCCCCGGGGCUCGCGAGAGCCGGGCCGGUGGCUCUGUGGGAACUCGCCGGAGCUGCGCUGCCUGAGCCUCUCGGCGGCUUCGUGCUCGARGCUCCUCAUCUGCUUCUGCCUCUGCCCCGGCUGCACUCCGGGAGAGYUGGCAUUCGGCAGGGWAGCAAUGGUCUAAGAAUGUCAUCAGGCAUCCAAGUAAAGACAAAGACUGCAGCACAGAAAAGCAAGGCAUAUUCUCCAGAACUACAGUCAAAGCCUAGUGAUAAGCUGAAUCCCAAAACUAUUGAUCCGUUUGGUGCUCAUUCUCAACAACCAUCUGCAUUUGCUGCUACAUAUGCUAGAGGUGGCAUUCCAUGCAGGUUAGUGCAUGGAUCAGUAAAGCACAAACUGCAGUGGGAGUGCCUUCCUGAAACUAUUCCCUUUGAUCCUCUCCUUAUAACAUUGGUAGAGGGACUAAGAGAGACAAGACAUCCCUAUACUUUUGUUUCAAAGGAGGGUUUUAAAGAAUUACUUCUGGUUGAAGGUGCUGCUGAAAAAGCAAUUCCCCUGUUGCCUCGUCUAGUUCCAGUCUUAAAAACUACAUUGGCCCAUGCAGAUGAUGAAGUGUUUGAUAGGGGAUUGGAUGCUUUAGUACAACUGAGUGCUGUUGUUGGCCCUUCUCUUAAUGAUCAUCUUAAGUUUCUACUCACAAAUCUUUUAAGGAGAUUGAUGGACAAGAAAUUUAGAGAAAAAGUUACUGUUGCUUUACAAAAGUUGGAGCAAUAUGGUGGAAAGGGAACUGUGGCUAUCAUCAAAUCUAAAAUUCCAACCUAUAGUUCUAUCUACUCUUGAACAAGAAAAMAGUAGUGAUUUGUACUGUAAGGUGAAGUUUGGAAAGAAACUGUCUGUAAAUAUCACUGACACUUAUUUGGGGUAUGAUACAUUCCUUAAAAUAAUAAGAAUUCUUCAGUAUGAUGGAGACCAGGAGUCUUAUCAGUUUGUGAAUAUGUAAUUUUUGAAGACUUUUCUUUGUAUAUUUGCAUAUGCAUUGUGCUUACAAUGACAUUGAUUAAUAUGCUGUUAUUUCAAAUGCAGAGUAAGUAUUGAUUUUUAUUUUGUUGUAAAUUACAAUUUCAUUAAAUAUAUAUACAGUACUUAAUAUGUUUUGUCUAUUUGUGUGAUGCAAAAUAAUUUGGAUUAGUCAAAUGGUGAUUAACUUGGGGCUAAAUUGCAUAUAUAUAGCUACUUUUCAAAUAUAUAACUUAUUUUGUGACAUGACAUGGAUGGAUGCAUUCAGGUUCAUCGGGACUAGGUUAGACAUAGAACUAGGAGCCCUCACAGACUUCUUCAGAGUCAGCUUUUGGAGGUGUGAAACUGAGYACAGCAAACAGGCAGCAUAUGGUGCAAAGCUGAACUUGCUCAGUGCUUUSUCAGCAUGCUGAGAGCCUGCAGAGGCUCUGGGGAAUACAAUGCAGAGGCAUCAGGUUGCUCCACAGAGCCACAGCCUARGUUUUGUUUAGCUCCUGUUAACUUUGAGCUACUGAAUGGGAGCUGCAUGUAGGAGGCAGAUUUGGAGUACUUACACUGUGCUCUCUGUGCACUGAGUUCAGUGUCACAGAUCUCUUUGGGACUUGCUUAUGAAUUCAGGUCCAGACAAGUUAAAAAACUUCUGAACAUGGAAGCUAUAAAAAAAUAUGAGUUAGAAACAACAAAAAGAUUGCACAAGCCAGCUUACCUGGCUGUCAAGCUUUGUAGGAUACAUUUUUGCAUUAAUGUAUUUGAACUUGAUUGCAAAAUAAUUCCUAACUGGUUCUUGUAAUAAAUACUGUUCAGGGUCAUGUUGCAUUUAAGUACAGUUAACUGAAGUAACAAAAUUUGCACAGACAUUUUUCCUUGAGUAAAAUUCAAUUCUAGCAUUUAAAGUCAUUAGAAAGGAUGUUUUUUUUGUCAUAAGAAGAUGCUGAUGCAUAGAGUAUUAAUAAAAGUCUGUCAUGUGGAAGCAAUUUCAGAAGUGUUUUUAAAAAUUACCACAGCCUGACUAAAAUUAAUUUCAAGACUGUUCUCUGCUGAGAUCAGAACGGUGCUAGGUCAAGAUAAAUUUAUUUAUGCUUUAAAAAAGUAAAUUGUAUUUCUUCAAUAAGCAUUUUUGCCAGCAAAUAUUUAACAACUCAAAAAAUUGAUCAUGGUCUUUUUUUUCUUCAUGUUUACUUUAUUUUUUUUUUUACAAAAUGUGCACAUUUAGUUUACACAAACACGCUACAGCAGAUUUCAGGUGUACAUGUAUUGUACUACUCUUAUCCUACACUGGUGAUAGCAGAGCAGCCUUCAACAUGCCUCAAAACAUCCCAUCUSUACACCAGAAUAGAUACCUGAUUUAUUUUUACAAAAGAAUACUUGUAACCUUCUUUCUACUUCAUUAAUCCCCUUUCACAUUUUCUGCAGCAAUGUCAAUGAAAGUUGGCCUAUUUCUGAUAGCAUUUCACCUAUUUUGAAGUAUUGGCGUAGACUCUGUGGACAAUAUAUCUUAAAAAUUAUAUGGAUGGAGGGGCAGUGUUAUGUUUUAGGUGCMUACUUUUUUAGAAGAAUCUUUCUAGAUUCAGAAUUAAGUAGCUCCAAUCUUAAUGAAGAAAUGAUCUUAAAAAAUGUAAUGCAUUUAUCACAUAUAGAUGAUAUAUAGCUAAAGUUUUCACUGUUUUUCUGGUUCUGUCUCAUAGUUAAAGGUAUUACAAAAAGCUGAAAUGGAUGUUAGCCUCUAGCAAUCAUUAUUAGUAGAUGUUACUACGUAGUGAUGUUCAUUCUCAGCACUAAGGUCGAGUGGCAGUUUCAAAAGUUCAUGCCUUUUUCUUCAUUAAAGGCAGAAAGAUAUUCUUAGGAAAGCAGUGUUAGGAUCCAGUUAACAUUUCUUCAUGAAAAAUGGAAGUCAAAAGAUCCRCAAUUUUAGGCAAAGAGUUUUGCAGACACAUCCAAGAAGAAUUAGAAAUACAGUAUGUAGGCCUCCUGAUAUUCAUAUAAUGAUAAAUUAGGUGCAGAUUUAUUAGGUGAGAUGCAUAGAAGGUUAGUCAUAUUUUUUAGGGAAUGAGAAUACCUAUAAGCAAUUUCUUUUUUUUUUUUUCCUUUAAC